GAUGAAUUCUAUAGAUUGACUCCAUGUGACAAGUUAAGGUCUCGGUGUAGUCUCUGUCAUACAGAUAGUGCUAAGGUCACCAGGUUAUUAACCACCUCUGCUCUCAUUUGUAAAGUACACAUGACAUCUCCCAUAAGGAUGGGCUCUACUGACUGAGAAGCAAUGCUCAAGAGAGAGGUGUGGUUUGGCCAUACAGACAGUUCAGAGGUCACCAGGCUAUUAACUAAAUUCAUUCCCUGCCUUCUGGAUGUAAAACAGGUGAUUGNCCACAGUCAGUAUCAAAAUUCCAAAAGAAUUUCCAUCUUUCUGAGCAUGCAAGAUGAAGUUGAGACGGAAGAAAUCAUCAAGGACAUUUUCAAACAAGGCAAAAUCUGCUUCAUCCCUCGGUACCAAUUCCAGAGCAAUCACAUGGACAUGGUGAGAUUAACGUCACCUGAAGAAAUCGCUUUACUUCCCAAGACAUCUUGGAAUAUUCAUCAGCCUGGUAAGGGAGAUGUUCAGGAGGAGGCCUUAUCCACUGGUGGACAUGACCUCAUCUUCCUUCCUGGCCUCGGGUUUGACAAAGAUGGCAACCGGCUGGGGCGGGGUAAGGGGUACUAUGACACCUACCUGAAGUGCUGCAUACAGCAUCAGGAAGUGAAGCCCUACACCAUGGCUUUAGCUUUUAAAGAGCAGAUCUGUCCCCAGAUCCCAGUGGAUGAGCAUGACAUGAAGGUAGAUGAAGUCCUUUAUGAAAAUUCCCCAGCAUCUUAAGUUACAACACGGUGGCUACACUUACUGCUCUGUCCAUU